UGAUGUCAAUGUCUAACGAGGUUUUAAUGUUAAAUUCAUUUAUAUAUUAUUAUGCCUGUCGCUCUACCAGUCAUAUCUGGUAAAGGACUCAACGUAUACACUGUCGCACUGUAUGUUCUAAAGUAGAGAGUCCAGCCAUUUUUCAACAUAACAGGGGCGAUGAAAGCAUGUUUGACGGGAAAAAGAGACAUCGCCAUCGUCAUAGACGAGUCAGGAAGCGUCAUGAAUGUAAACUAUAUUAAGCAAUUGGCAUUUCUCCAGAAAGUGGCCUCUGCAUUUUCCAUCGGAGAACAGGGAACGUUGUUCGGGGCUGUUGCUUUUAAUACAAAAGCUAGACUGGCCUUCACGUUAGAUCAGCACAAGACCAAGGAGUCUCUGUUAACGGCAAUCGGGUCCGUGUCAUACGUUCCUGGAGGAACUGCCAUAGGUGCGGGGAUAGAUUUCGCCCGGCAGCAAGUGUUCACUGUUGCCAAUGGUGACCGCACCGAGGUCGACGAUUACAUCAUCGUGAUAACAGAUGGCUACUCUGCAGAUACUGUGACGUCAGGUAUUGCUGCGAGAAACGCAGGGUUCACUUUGUUUGCUGUUGGCGUGGACGGGUAUGACCCCGGUGACCUUAUCGCUGCAACUGGUGACGCAAACAAAGUAUUCACAGCACCCGAUUAUGAUUCUCUAGAUGGAAUCGUAGACCAACUUAUCAAUGCCUUUCCAUGUGACUACUUUUGUGGUGAGCAAGUGAUAGGCAAUGAGUCUCCAGUAAAUCCGGUGAACAAUGCAGAUAAAUUUACAGGUCAGGCCUUCCUACUGACCGACGAGAUGUACAUACCUUCUUGUUGUGGGGUUGUGGCGGGUGUUGAGUUUGUGCCGAGUCUAUCAGGUACUCUGGAGUUCAUUGUGUGGAGACGUGAUGGCAGUGGCGGACACAUGUACUGGCUUGUAGGCAAAAGUGACGUCAUCAUAACAGAUUCACAAGUUGGAACCGUUGUCAACUACACCUUUCCAGUUGGAAGCCGUAUUAUCAUUACAGAUGGAGAUACGUUUGGGUGGUACAGCACCGGUGCAGUAAUUCCGGCCUACGCAUUGUGUGUGGAUGCCAGCACAUGUCCUGGGUCAUAUCAAAGGAGUACUGUGACGUUGCUUGAGCCCGGCAUUACGUCAGACUGGGGAGGUUCCAGUGUAUCGGCGGUGUCUGGUCGUGUGUAUGAUUUCCGAGUACACGCAACAAAUAACACUGCCCCAUCACCUACGAAGCAGACGACAGCACUGAUCCCGGACCACCUCGCGGUCGGUGACGUUGUGAUGACGUAUGCACCAGUAGACCCAGACAAAGCGGAGAUCUUCACGCAUGUCCUAAAUCAUACGUACUUCUAUUUUGAUACCUCUACAGGUGAAAUAAAAGUAAAAUCCGUACUACCCCGUUCCUAUGCAAAGUACUCAAUGAGCGUUCUAUCCACAGACUCGUGUCGGCACCAAUUAACUACAACAGUCGUAAUCACUACCUACAAUUCACCUCCCGUCCUCGAGAAUCUACCAACAGUGAUAUUUAUCACUGAUAAUAUAACUGCUGGCGAAACCAUUUUCCAUCUGAAUCUUGUGGAUUAAAGUAACGAUUCCGUCUGCUGCCAUAUUUCCGGCGUAAGUCCUACGUCUUCCAACUUCCUUCUCAAUGUGACUAAUAACGACCCUCGUGUGAUGAUUGCCAAUGAAUCCCGAUUUGACAAUCGUUUGAUAAGCGACCAUUACAAGCUGACACUCUGCUGUUCUGACGGACUCAUAGCCACACAAAACUAUCUGGAAGUGGCGGUCAAAGCAGCAUCUAGGAAAAGGGCAUAUGUGCCACCAGGUUGGUUUACAAUGGCUGUUGCGAUGAGUAUGCUUCCUAUCUCAACACUGAUCAUGUCCGCGUGCAUCAUCAUGGGCGUGACAUGCACGUGCGACCAAAAAGGACACGUGACCACCAAAUCGUCAAAGACUAAGAGGGACACGUGACCACCAAAUCGUCAAAGACUAAGAGGGAUACGUGAAAUAUUUUAAAAAGAAGUUUUAAUCAUGAAAUGUGCAACAUGUGGCACAAGGCUAAAUUUAGCGUACGAGAAAUUUAACUAUAUCCAUUGUAAUACUGUAUUAACAAUUUAUAUUAUAGGAUGUACAGUAAUUUGAUAGGCUGUUCCUGAAGCAUUAUAGUGUCAUAACAGUAUUAGCUCUUGGCCAAUCAAGAAUCUGAUAUCUGAAAUCUGAAAUCUGAAGUGUUGUAUGAAUAAUUGAUUAAACGGAUGUUAGAGUCAUAUUGAGUUUUCAGUUAUUACUGAAAAUAACUGCAUAUACGAAUGUAGAAACACGCUCCGAGUAGUCGAAAGACUGUAAAUAUAAGUAUAUAUACUACUCACAUUUUGCUAAGGAUGACCUAUAUUUGAAAUAAAAAAUAAAAAUGCUAGAAAGGAUAUUGUAUUUUCCUUCCGUACUGUUUUGGGCGAAUAUGUAAGCCUUCCAAAUCGUCCUGUGUGGGUGUGUUCAGUCAACCAUAAAAGCGACUGCACGCUUUUCCACGUGUACACCCGUUUCAAAAGCUAAGUAAGGCGUUGUUCAAAUUGUUAAGGAAAUCAAUUUGAUGAAUAUUCUUUGUGUGUUUUUAUUUUAACAAACCAGACAACGAUUAAAUGACGGUGAAAUGAAUCGGAAUGCUGCAAGUUAGCAUGUCUCAACGUCAGGUUGCAGCAGACCUUGGGGCGUCUAAAAGUGUGGUGGCAAAAUGUGGAAUUGUUUACAAACUAACGGAAACCCAUCCACAUGUCAUGCUGGUGGUCGUUCUAGAGGUACAACGCAGCGCCAAGACCGAUUUUUGCUCAUAAAGGCACGUCGUCACAGGUUCCAGACUGCCACAGCUUUACGAAAUGACCUCCUUAAUCCUUCUCGUACCCGGGUAGCCACUCAGACAGGUAGGAACCGUCUUCAUGUUACUGGUUUAAGGUCACGUAGACCAGCAAUACGAUUUCCCUUAACUGCCUGCCAUGUUAGGGACCGAUUAGAUUGGGCCCAAGCUCACGCAGCACUUGGACUCUUCAGGAAUGGGAACCGGUUCUUUUUACUGACGAGUCCAGAUUCUGAUUCGACUUCACCGACAGGCGCGUUAGAGUAUAGAGACAACAUGGGGAGAGGUUCCAUGCAGGUAACGUUGUGGAACAUGACCGAUAUGGCGGAGGUUCAGUGAUGGUGUGGGGAGGCAUAAGCCUUCGUGGGGAAACUGACCUCCAUGUCUUCCAUAAUGGUACCGUUAAGGCCCGGAUUUACUGCGAUGAAAUCCUUGAUGCCAAUGUCAGACCCUACGCUGGCGCUAUCGGCCCUCAAAACUUCAUCCUUAUGGACGAUAAUGCUAGGCCACAUAGAGCAAGGGUGACUGAGCAGUAUCUACAGCAACAGACUAUUCAACGAAUGGAUUGGCCAGCCCGCUCGCCGGAUCUAAAUCCCAAUCGAGCAUGUGUGGGACAUGCUGCAGACAGCUCUCUCUGCCAGAAUUGUUCAGCCAAGAACGCUCCAGGAACUGGGAACAGCUUUGGUAGCUGCAUGAGUGGAACGCUAUCCCACAAAACCGGAUACGCGAUCUCAUUCGGAGCAUGCGCAGACGUUGUGAAGCUCAUGGGCUUCACAACGUUCUAUACUAAAACGGUUUCUGUUUAUUUAGGAUGACUUUUGUUCAAUUUCAGUUUUUUAGUGAAUACCUCGUUGUUACCAACUUUAAGGGUAACUCUUUCCUGUGGCUCACUCUGCAGUUUUUGCAUGCUUCUUAUUUUAAAGAACAAUCAAUUUUUCAAAAAUAAUCUCAGUAUAAACCAAAUAAAAUAUUUAUUUUCACAUAUGCCCAAAAAUAAAAGUGAUCCUUAGCAAAAAGUGAGUAGUAUACUUCGUUUAUCAAUACGUUUGUUAUACAACUAACAUGAUAUAUAUUAUAUUAACCAUCAAGAGAAUAAUGGUAUUCCGUCUCGUGUCUUGUUUCUAUGUUUUGUUGUUUUACUUCCUGUAUCCUGGAAUAAAAUGAAAAGUUGAAGAUUGAUGCUGUUUGGAUUAAUCACUAAAUAAUUCCUCUCACAUCGCAAACCCUGUACGCGUAUAUCAAAACCAGUUUCCUACCAACAAGAGGCCCAAUGGGCCUGAAUCACUCACCUGGUAUUAAUCUCACACUUGUAAUCUUAAAAGUGGA